GAAUUUGAGUAUUAUUCCAACACAAUCAAACAAUUUCGAUUAUGUUGGUUAUCUCUAAGCUAUUAAAUUUGUUGCAUUAUAUAGUCAAUUUGCCUCAUUGUUUUCACCAAAACCAAGAUCACCAUCAACAAUGGCUGCCUCUCGUCUCCCUCUCCUCCUCCUCUCCCUCUUCUUCUUCUCCAACUCAUUCCCAUCCACAGCCAACAACAACCUUCACAAAGCCAGCAAUUUCCUCCUCCCUCAGUCACCACCGCCCAUCUCCACUCUCUCCACCACCACCACCACCGCCACCUCCCCCACUGUUUACUUCGAAGUCAAAGCCCCAAUCCACGUACCCACUUCAAAACCCUGCAUUCACACCGUUCUCCGCCAUGAUUUUGCUUAUACAUACGGCAAAUCACCGGUUCUUGCAAAUUAUACCCUCCCUUCUCACUGCCCAUCUCAGCCUUUCUCCAAGAUUGUUCUCGAAUGGAAUGCCACUUCCAAAGGUAGACAAUUUGACCGUAUUUUUGGGGUUUGGCUCGGUGGCGUUGAGCUUCUCAGAAGCUGCUCUGCCGAGCCGCGGGCUACCGGGAUCUUCUGGUCUGUUCAAAAGGAUGUAACCAGGUACCAUUCAUUGUUUGUUAAGAAUGAGACUCAACAGCUUGCUGUUUAUCUUGGUAAUCUUGUUGAUAGUACUUAUACUGGUGUUUAUCAUGUCAAUUUAACUUUAUAUUUUUACCCUGCUGAUGGCAAAAAGUUGAGUAAUUUACAUGGUGGGCAUGAUUCUAAGGCUGAUUUGAUCUUGCCCAUUUCGCGAAACUUGCCGUUGAAUGACGGGUUGUGGUUUGAAAUUAAGAAUUCUACUGAUACCCAGUUGAAGGAAUUUGUGAUUCCUAGAAAUGUGUAUAGGGCUGUGUUAGAGGUCUAUGUUUCUUUUCAUGAGAAUGAUGAAUUUUGGAAUACUAAUUUCUAUAAUGAGUAUAUCACUGCUAAUAAUCUUACGGAUACCCCCGGAAAUGGUCCUUUUCGGGAGGUUGUAGUUAGUCUUGAUGGAGACAUUGUUGGUGCUGUUUGGCCCUUUACUGUUAUUUUUACGGGCGGUGUUAAUCCUCUCCUGUGGAGACCUAUUACUGCUAUUGGUUCGUUUGAUUUGCCUUCGUAUGAUAUUGAGAUUACUCCGUUUUUAGGGAGUAUGCUAGAUGGAAAGACUCAUAAGUUAGGGUUUAGUGUCACUAAUGCGUUGAAUGUUUGGUACGUUGAUGCGAAUUUGCAUCUUUGGUUGGACAGUAAGAGCGAAAGAACUGAAGGGAAGGUUUUAAAACGUGAGAGUAACCCUCUUGCUUUUUCAGUGGUGUUCAAUUUCACAGAUUUGGAUGGGAAAUUCUUGGCAGCUGCACGAAGGUCUAUAUCUUCAUCUGGAUGGGUAAAGUCCUCGUUUGGGAAGAUUACUACACGUUUCAAUCAACAUUUUAGUUACAACAACUCGAUGGAGUUAGGUAAUGAAGGGAAUUUACAGAUUGUGAAUCAGACAAUUAAUUUUACGGACAGCGUUUCAUUUCAAAAGCUUACAUCUUCUGUUCAUUCUUUCAAAUCACACAAAUUUUUUGAGGUUGACUUGUAUUCUAACUUGUUUGAUCGAGGAAAUGGAACUUCCUUGUAUGAAACAAAUGUGACAUUGGGAUUCAAUGAGAAGAAGUCAAAAGACGGUGCGCGGACUAGCUCUCUUAAAAAUCUGCAGAAAGCACAGGGUAAAAUGCUUGUCAAGAACAACUUGGUGAUCAGUGGAGUGGGAAGCACACAGCAGGCUUACAAAUUUGUCGGUAGUAACUCUUGCUAUUUCAGGAACAUUAGCAGCUCGAACUACACGAUUCUUUACGAUAAAUUGGGGUUUAAAUGCAAUAAAAAAGGACAGCCGCAUUUGAAUCUUGAACAUAGCAGAUGGUGGCCACUUCCAAGCAUCUGAAUUACUAAACCGUGGAGUUUAAUGAUUUUAUCCUUCUUGCUAGCUUUGUUGGGGGAUACCGUCUUACUAGAUUUGCAAAGUUUCCGCUUGUUAGUAACAAUAGAUUUUAUUAAUAUUGCAAUUCCGUAUUAGUCUCUUGUUUCUUUUGAACUAAGAUUUCCUUGCAAAUAUUCUCUCUUUUUCUUUU